GGGUUCGAGACCCGGCCAUGGCGGCGGCUGCCCCUCGGUGGCCCUGGGCCCUGCUGUGCCUGGCGGCUGCCCCGCUGUUGUGCCCCGCGGCGGCGGGCUUGUCUUGUUGUUACCAUGCGAAGGACAAUUUAAUGUGCCGUGAUGUCUGUGAACAGAUUUUGUCUUCUAAGAGUGACUCCCGUUUGAAGCACUUACUGCAGCGAGCACCUGAGUAUUGUCCAGAAUCAAUGAGAGAAGUGUGGGGUUGUAUAAAUUCUUCUUUGCCAGGAGUUUUGAAGAAGUCUGAUGGGUGGGUUGGUUUAGGCUGCUGUGAGCUGGCUAUUGCUGUGGAGUGUCGGCAGGCGUGUAAGCAGGCUUCUGCAAAAAAUGAUGUUUUAAAGGUCUGCAGGAAGGAAUACGAGAAUGCUCUCUUUAGUUGUAUUAACAGAAAUGAAAUGGGGUCAGUCUGUUGCAGCUACGCAGGUCACCACACCAACUGCCGCGAGUAUUGCCAAGCAAUUUUUCGGACAGACUCCUCUCCUGGUCCAUCCCAAAUUAAAGCAGUUGAAAAUUACUGUGCAUCUAUCAGCCCUCAGCUCAUACACUGCGUGAAUAACUACACACAGUCGUACCCAAUGAGAAACCCUACAGACAGUUUGUAUUGCUGUGAUAGAGCAGAAGACUAUGCGUGUCAGACUGCUUGUAAAAGAAUUCUAAUGUCAAUGAAAACAGAGCUUGAAAUUGUGGAUGGACUUAUAGAAGGCUGUAAAACCAUGCCUCUCCCUCAGGACCCACUUUGGCAAUGUUUUCUUGAGAGUUCAAGAUCUGUUCACCCCGGAGUCACUGUGCACCCCCCACCUUCAACAGGCCUCGAUGGAGCUAAGCUCCAUUGCUGUUCUAAAGCAAAUUCUUCCACAUGUAGAGAGCUCUGCACUAAACUUUAUAGCACGAGCUGGGGCAAUUCACAGAGCUGGCAAGAAUUUGAUCGCUUUUGUGAGUAUAAUGCAGUUGAAGUUUCCAUGUUGACCUGUUUAGCAGAUGUACGAGAACCUUGUCAGCUGGGCUGUAGAAAUCUUACUUACUGCACUAAUUUUAAUAACAGACCAACAGAACUAUUUAGAAGCUGCAAUACUCAGUCAGACCAGGGAGCCAUGAAUGACAUGAAGCUGUGGGAAAAAGGGAGUAUUAAGAUGCCUUUCAUAAAUAUUCCUGUGCUUGAUAUUAAAAAAUGCCAGCCAGAAAUGUGGAAAGCAAUUGCCUGCUCCCUGCAGAUUAAACCUUGUCACAGCAAAUCUAGAGGAAGUAUUAUCUGCAAAUCAGAUUGUGUGGAAAUAUUGAAGAAGUGUGGAGAUCAUAAUAAAUUCCCUGAAGGCCACUCAGCAGAGAGUAUUUGUGAACUCUUAUCUCCAACAGAUGACCUGGAGAACUGUAUACCCUUGGAUACUUACCUGAGCCCAAGUUCUUUAGGUAACAUUGUAGAAGAUGUCACACAUCCCUGUAAUCCAAACCCAUGUGCAGCUAAUCAGCUGUGUGAAGUAAACAGAAAAGGAUGUCAAUCUGGAGAGCUGUGUCUUCCAUAUUUGUGUGUGCCAGGCUGCAAACUGGGAGAAGCCUCGGAUUUUAUUGUCCGACAAGGAACGCUCAUCCAGGUUCCAUCCUCAGCUGGUGAUGUUGGCUGUUACAAGAUUUGUACCUGUGGGCACAGUGGCUUGCUGGAGAACUGUAUGGAAAUGCGUUGUGUUGACCUCCAGAAAUCGUGCAUUGUUGGAGGACAAAGGAAAAGCCAUGGAACAUCCUUUAAUAUAGAUUGCAAUGUCUGUUCCUGUUUUGCUGGAAACUUGAUUUGUUCCACACGUCAGUGUCUAACUGAGCACAGCUCGGAGGAUGAACGCCGGAAGUUUACAGGUUUGCCCUGUAACUGUGUGGACCAGUUUGUCCCAGUCUGCGGCCAGAACGGGCGCACGUAUCCCAGCGCGUGCAUAGCUCGCUGCGUUGGGCUCCAGGACAACCAGUUUGAGUUUGGCUCGUGUAUUUCCAAGGAUCCUUGCAACCCAAACCCUUGUAAUAAAAAUCAAAGGUGCAUACCAAAGAAACAAGUUUGCUUGACCAGUUUUGAGAAGUUUGAAUGCAGCCAGCAUGAAUGUGUGCCGAGGCAGUUAAAUUGUGACCAGACACGGGAUCCUGUUUGUGACACAGACAAUGUGGAAUACACUAACUUGUGUACUUUGUACCAAAAAGGGAAAAGUUUGGCAUACCGAGGACCAUGCCAGCCCUUCUGCAGGUCGCCAGAGCCCGUGUGCGGGCACAACGGGGAGACCUACGGCAGCGUCUGCGCCGCCUACGCCGACCGCGUGGCCGUGGACUACCAGGGCCCCUGCCAGGCCGUGGGAGCGCUCUCCGACCGCGGCUCCCACCCCGAGUGCGCCUUCGUCAGCUGCCCCCAGCUCUCUGCCACCGCCUGCAGACCCGUCCUGGCGCCUGGAGCCUGCUGUCCACUGUGUGCUGGAAUGCUGAGAAUCUUAUAUGACAAAGACAAGCUGGAUAAUUUUGCAAGGGUAACAAAUAAAAAGCCUAUAACAGUACUUGACAUACUUGAAAAAAUCCGCCUGCAUGUGUCAGUGCCACAGUGUGAUGUGUUUGGAUACUUAAGCAUAGAAUCUGAAAUUGUGAUUCUCAUCAUUCCUGUGGAUCAGAACCCCAAACCACUGCAGAUUGAAGCCUGCAAUAAAGAGGCAGAAAAGAUCGAGUCUCUGAUCAAUUCGGACAGCCCAACACUGGCGUCACACGUGCCACUGUCAGCUCUAAUUGCAUCUCAAGUACAAGUUUCAUUUAGCAUUUCUUCUGCUUCUGCUCAAGUGCUGCCUGCUCUGCACUCCCUGUUCAUAAGCCUUCUGUUCACCUUGGCAUCAGCACUGAGAUACUGCAUGUAACUGCUUGGGAAGUUUGCACCAGCACUGUGGCAUUUGUGUUGUGAAGGACGUUUGGAGUUGGUGAUCACUGAACCAGAAAACAAAAAACGUGCAAGAUUUGAUGAACUUACAUUCUUCAAUGAAGGACUAAAAGUAUUUGAAUAAUGUGAAAAGAUUAUUCUUUUAUUCAUAACUAGUCAGAUGACUGUUUCAGCACUAUUAGAUUGUUUUCCAUGGAUCUUGGAAACAUAAAUAUGCUCUGGAAGGUUCUGACAUUAUGGAUUUAUGAUU